AUGCAUUAAAAGCCCUUCCAAUUUAAUUUGUAAAUGUUUUCGUAAAACUUCGAGUUUAAUAAUAAAGAAAUAAUUGGAAAAGGCUUUGAUUCCAUUGUGUAUAAAGUAAUUAGCAAAUGUGAUGGAAAAGAAUAUGCAUUGAAGUUAACAAGUUUUAAGGAUUUACAACACAAAUUUAAUUUUUAACAGGAAAUCCGACUUUUAUAUCAUUUGAAUCAUGAACACAUAGUAUAAUUCUUUGCAAGUUCUACAGAUGGUAGUUGUAUAUUAAUUGAAUAUAUGCCAUUUGGUAAUCUUGUAAGAUUGAUUGAUCUACAACUUGAUAUAAGAAUUAUAAAAUCAAUUGUAAAUUAACUAAUGAGUGCUGUUAAAUAUUUACAUUAAAUGAAUAUUGUGCAUGGAGACAUCAAACCUGAAAAUGCACUUAUUUCAAAGAAUUUCAUAAUAAAACUUUGUGAUUUCGGAUUUGCAAUAGUAGCAAAUCAACCAAAUACUAAAUUAAGAGGUGGAAGCGAAGGCUAUACUGCUCCUGAAGUCGGUUUAAAUGAGAAUUAUGAUGCAAAAAAGUGUGAUAUAUUUUCAUUGGGAGUCCUCUUUUUUGUUCUGUGUAUGGGUUAUCGACCAUUCCUAAGCACUCAUCCAUAGAGAUAAGAUAAAUUUUGGAAUUUUAUAAAAAAUAAAGAAUGGGAUAAAUUUUGGAAGAUUUUCGAAGCAAAAAAACCAGAUGUUGGAUUUAAGAAUUACAUAUAGAGAUUAUUGUGUGCUGAUCCCAAUGAGAGAUACACAAUAGAGGAAGCUAUGCAAGAGGAUUGGUUUAAAAGUAAUCAAUAUUCUGUAACACAAUUACCCCAAUAACUCAGCAUAUAUUUAACUAAGUAGUGA